AUGAGAUCCACGUGGAGAGUUAUAAAGAAAGAAACUCGUUGUUCAGUGCCAAAGAAAAAGAAUGUAUCAUUAGCACUAGAAGGCUCAGAAGUCACAGACCCAAAUUCAGUUGUGGAAAAAUUCAAUGAAUACUUCACCUCAUUAGCUGAAGACCUUGUUCAAGUGCACUGUCAAGGACCAGUCCCAAGUUUCUCCAGCAAGUCAGUGACCUUCAAUGCUUCUAUGUAUGUGUAUGAAACAAACCCCAAUGAAAUUAUAAGUAAAAUUAAAUCAUUAAGCAAUAAAAUGUCAAGUGGUCUUGAUGAAAUACCUGAUUUCAUAUUAAAAGCAUGUGCUCACCACAUAGCAAACCCCUUGGCAAAAAUUUUCAACCUCUCUUUAAAAAUUGGAGGAAGUGUCAUCACCACUCGCGGUACACAGACAAAACAGAUCAGUGUAUCAUUGAUGGGUACAUCACUCUGUACCCAGAAGAAUUUGCCCAAUCGUAUAAUACAGGCAAAUGUUUUGCCUGGUGAAUGCUGGGCUUUCCAUGGCAGUUCAGGCUCAGCAGCAAUUAAACUGAUUACAGAAAUUUAUCUGACAGCAGUGACCCUGGAGCACAUUCCUCAGGCCCUGUCACCAACAGGAGAAAGGAGUAGUGCACCAAAAGAGUUUUCAAUAUGGGGAAUUACUUCAGUAGACAGUGAUGAAGAUGCUUUUUGUUUUGGUCAAUUUUUGUAUGAUCUGAAAGGACCACCAGUACAGACUUUUAAGGUCAAGAAUUACAGCCCUAAGUUAUAUUCGAUGACUGAGAUGAGGAUUCAUUCUAAUCAUGGAAAUCCAAACUACACAUGUGUGUACAGAUUAAGGAUCCAUGGGACUAUCAAUAACAUGUCAUGUGGAGUGUUCUAGAUUUCAAAGAUGGGGACAUUAUACUGCUGCUGUACUACCAGCUUUUUUCACUGGUUGUCAUUGCUCUACACUUUGCUAUUUUUUAUUUUGUACAUUAGUCAAGUAUGAGUGAGCAAAAUUAAAAUGUUGAUUGAUGAAACUUUAGUUUUCUUUGUUCAUUGAGACACAGCAUUGAUACUUAAUAAGACUGAAUAUGGAAAUAAGUAACAGGGUAACAAAUGUCUUGGGUCUAUCAAAA